AUGCAGAAAAUUACACAGGAAUCCAAAAUUUCUGCUAUCAUACCGACUCUGUUAAAGAAUUGGAUACUGCACAUUGUAUACGCUACAUUGGACCACAUACCUCCGUUUGUGUGGGAAAUUCUACAUGUUUUCACUGAUAUUUAUUUCUUUUGGAUUCAGAAGUUGGUUAAUUAUGUGAGGCCACACUCCAGAGUUAUUUAUUAUAAUGCUAUUAAGAAAUUAGAUGAGUGUGAUACGUAUCAAAUGUGGUGUCAGCAAGCCUCUGUAGUAGAUGAAAUCACAGGUGCAAAUUUAUGGCGGCGAAAUUUCUUUUCGAAACGAUACGACUUCAAUUCUGUUAUUGAACAGUACACGAUACUGGAAAAUAUGUUGAGAGAGGAGAAAUAUGAUGUAGUCAAGGAAAAGUUUUCGACUACAGGGCCUUGUAUGCUGAGAAAUUUUGCAGGUAUUGGGGAUAAAAAGCUGUUUACGAAAUCCUUGAUGGGUACGAAAUUGCUUAUUGAACAAUACUUGACUCGGAUAUUGGAGGGCUUGGAUAUACUAAACAAUCAGACUUUAACUCCAACUUCCUUUUUUCAAAGGUGUAAGUUGUCGCUGGGUACCACAGCGUUGAUCUUGCAAGGUGGUUCAUUAUUUGGUUUGUUUCACCUGGGGGUAAUUAAGGGUCUAUUGCUACAGGACCUGAUGCCUAAUAUCAUAAGCGGUAGCUCUAUGGGAGCGUGUGUUGCCAGUCUAUUCGGUUGUUUGUCCAAUGAGCAAUUAAAGCAGCUACUGACGGAUGACAACCUCUUGAAUAUCAUCAAGAAUGAUGUGGAUUUAUUAAAGAGCUGCGGUUAUGGUAAUUUGGAGCAACAUUUGAAUCUAGGGACAUUAAUUCAGAAUUUAAUACAUCACGGUUACUCUCAAGAUGUUUAUCUUUUCAUUCGGUUUGUUAUGAAGUAUAUUGUUAAGGAGAAGACUUUUGAAGAGGUUUAUCAAAUUACUGGAAAAAUUUUCAAUAUUGUUAUUCAUCCAACGGAUAAAUCAUGUCCUAAUUUAUUGAACUAUGUAACAACGCCAAAUGUAUUAAUCAGGUCUGCCAUUGAAUGUUCGCUCGGUUCUGGUGUGAUCUCAGAAGAUACAUCGCUGAUGUGUAAAAAUUUGGAGAAUAAAAUUGAACCGUUUCUCAACAUUAAUAAGGAUAAGCACGUUAAAUUCUUGACCCCAGAAAAUGCCACAAAUCCGAGUAUAACAGAGAGCCCCUAUACCAGAUUAACGGAAUUGUUUAAUGUUAAUAAUUUUAUUGUUUCUUUGGCAAGACCAUAUUUGGCUCCAUUGGUGGUGAAUGAUUUGAAGCAUGAAAUCAAAACGUCGAAAUACUACUAUUAUAAGCAUUAUCCGAAUUUGCCCCCUAUAAACGCCAAUACAGUAGAUAUAACACACAGGUCCUCUUCGCAAUCACCCACUAAGACAGCGACUGUUGAAGAACUCGGAGCAACGCACUUAAUAAGCCCUGUACCCCCAAGUUCAGCAAUCAACGAUUCAUCAGAAUUUAUAAUCCCAGAAUUAGGCAUACCGCAGUUGAAUUUUACUGAAAUGGAACCGUUGGCGUUCAAAUUUAAGUAUCAUUUGGAGAGAAAACUGAAAAAUAUUGCCACUAUGGAAUUUCGACAUAGAAUGGAGGUCUUGGACAAUUUAGGCUUGUUGUGUUCGUUAGUAAAGAGACUAAUUAUAGAUGAGAAGACCCCCAGAUCGGCUACGGAGAUUGCUGUGGUACCUAAAAUGAAAAGUCUGUCAUUAACAAGAAUUAUUGAAGGUCAAUUGAAUAAUAUUCCUUAUUGGAUAAAAUCUGGCGAACGAAGUACCUGGCCUGCACUAGCUUUAAUUAAGACAAGAUGUGCAGUUGAAUUUAAAUUAGAUGAUAUAAUAAGGGCAAGAAGGAGUAGAUAA